AUGGAUUUUUUUGGGCAACCCAGACCAGAAGAUAACCAGUCAGUAGUCAGCAGAAUGCAGAAGAAAUACUGGAAAACCAAACAGGUCUUUAUCAAAGCAACCGGGAAAAAGGAGGAUGAGCACAUAGUGGCAUCUGAUGCUGAACUGGAUGCUAAACUUGAGGUUUUUCACUCCAUUCAAGAGACAUGCAGUGAACUUCUGAAGAUAGUUGAGAAAUAUCAGCUAAGACUCAAUGUUAUAUCGGAGGAAGAAAACGAACUAGGGCUCUUUUUAAAGUUCCAAGCAGAACGGGAUACAACGCAGGCUGGCAAAAUGAUGGAUGCCACUGGCAAGGCACUCUGUUCUUCAGCCAAGCAAAGAUUGGCUCUGUAUACUCCCCUGUCUCGUCUUAAGCAAGAAGUAGCAACAUUCAGUCAAAGGGCAGUAUCUGAUACCUUGAUGACAGUUAAUCGGAUGGAGCAGGCGCGCACAGAAUAUAGAGGAGCUCUGCUGUGGAUGAAAGACGUAUCCCAAGAACUGGACCCAGACACCUUAAAACAAAUGGAAAAGUUCCGAAAAGUACAGAUCCAAGUGAGAAAUAGCAAAGCUUCUUUUGACAAGUUAAAGAUGGAUGUUUGUCAGAAAGUGGAUUUACUUGGAGCUAGUCGCUGCAAUAUGUUGUCUCAUUCACUCGCUACCUACCAGAGGACACUGCUUGGAUUCUGGGAGAAAACAGCUCGAAUGAUGUCCCAAAUACGUGGGACCUGUAUUGGCUUUCAUCCAUAUGAUUUUGUAGCUCUCAAGCAACUACAAGACACUCCAGUCAAGCUUACUGAAGACCACAAGGAAGAACGAAUAGAAGACAGUUCUCUCCUGGAAAACCUCAAUAAGUUAGUUUUGUCAGAUGAGGAAGUGAGCUUGGGAAGUGAACCAGCAACUGAAGAUCACAGGGAAAAACAUUCUGGAAUAAGAGAACUUGGAGCACCUCAGUUUUCUAACUCUGAAAAUGUUGAAAAAGAUAUACCAGUAGAUUCAUUGGAAGAUGAUUUUGAGAAGGAAUUCUCAUUUCUGAACAGCCUCCUAAGUCCUGGUUGUUGGAGUGCUAGUGAAUUUUCCCAGGAAUGCCAGGCUGUCUUUGGGAGCCCCAAGGCCAGUCUUACAUCCCAGGAGCCUUCUGGGGGAUCUGAGCCUCUUCCUCACUCCUCACGAUUCCUUCCUUCACAACUCUUUGACCUUGGCCUUCAUGCUGCUGGAGCUUUCAACAGCUGGGCCUCCCAAGGGGGAUUAGAACCUCCUCUUUCACACAUUGAUAACCAGUCAGUGCCUUCACAGAGUCCAAAGAAAUUAACAAAAUCUCCCAACAGUGGCAACCAAGACAUGUCAGCCUGGUUCAAUCUAUUUGCAGACUUGGAUCCGCUUUCAAACCCAGAUGCUAUUGGACACUCAGAUGAUGAACUUCUUAAUGCUUGACUGAAGUUAUGAUGCCACUUCAAUGGCCUUGAGACACCAAUUUUGCAACUUACUGCCUUUGUGGAAAGGAGUUUAUGUUGUCACCCAUAUACGAAAACCUUGUGUUUUCAAGGUUAGACAGAUGGAAAGGAUGACGUUUUAAUACAUUAUCUCUUUAAUAUCUUGGAUUUGCAGCUGUUGAUAAUAUAUGGAAAAUAUUAGAAACUAUUGAGUCUGAAAUACAUCCCAAAAGUUAGUUCAAAAAUAACAGCUAGGAAUAAUUAUCAGUAGGAGUUGUGUUUAUCUGUUUGGAAAGCCUUUUAUGUAUAAGUUGCCUUGCUGGCUCUGAGAAUUCUAUAUCUAGAGAAAGGACAGCAUGUAAACUGGGUUGUGAUUUGGGGUUGGUUUUUAAAUAAAACAGUGGCAGGGGGAGUUCUCUGUUGUGGAAAAUAGCACUAGAACCAGACCAGUUUUUUUCCUUAGUUAGAAAGGUAGAAUAAGAUUUGACAACUCAAUUUGCUUCAGUGAAAUCACAGAGAAACUUGGUGCUUGUUUUCUCCACUUGGAGGCUAAAAUGUAAUGUUCCUUAGUUUUUUUCCUUCAUACAAAAUCAUGGACACCCUCCGAUUUCAUUAUUGAAUUUUCCUGGGGAAGUAGCAGGAUGAUUUAUUUGCUAAGAAGGCCAUCCUCUGCAUAAACAGAAAAAUGUCUCUUACCAUUUUAUAAACCACAAGACUGUCCACCCUAUGGUACUUCAGAUAUUGUCCAAGUGUCUUCAGGCCUGAUUCUUCACACAUUGCUACUACUGUAGCAAUACUGUACUGUAUUCAUAUGCUUCCUGAAAGAAAACGAGGGGAGGAUACUCCCUGAGCAACUGGCAGUAGUAUUCCUGAAAUGACCCAGAAACUUCUAUCUGAAUGAGGAAAAAAAAUUCUAAUUAACUUACCCUCGUACAGAUUUGCAAUACUUAUUACCCCAUAUUUCUUGACAUGAUUUAACCCAGAAUGCUUUCUGGCAAAGUUACAGAAAGCUCUAUACCAUCAGUAAGGGAGUGUUUUUCCACUUUUCUGUGGGUGACAUCAUCUGAGGCUCUAUUUGAUUACUAAGGACAAACUUACCCUUAAAAGGUUUAGAGUCUAAGUAUUGGAAGGAAGGCUACUUAAUGAAGUUAGCAUAAGCUAAUGAAAACAUAGCCACUGUAUACACACAGUCACUCAGUUUCCUAUUUUUUCCCAUCCACCCUUUUGUUCUGAGGCAGUUCACCAGGUGUCGUGUUUCAUCGUCCAGUCCGAUGCAUCUGCAUAAGAAAACAUUUUAACUAAGACGUUCACAGUAGUUUUCAUUGUACUCCUAGUUCUAAACAGGCUUAUUAUUUACAAGAGAACUGCUUGUAAUCUCUGAGUCUCCGUAUACAGAAAAACAUAUUUAAGGACUGGACUAGGGCAGGUAAAAUGCAGUCCACUUCCCGUCCACAACAGUCUGGCCUAACUACAAUCUGAACUGCCCACAAGCUAUUUAGAAAACCACAACUAUGGUCAAGUAGUGUGUAGGCUGGAAAGACCUUAUCUGAGGGUCAGAAACAUGGACUUAAGAAAAGAUUAUGUAAAUCCUUCCUUAAAAUAUUUUCACACACUUAUUCCUAUUUCUUUACUUGGUUAACCAUUAAGAAGCAUUUUGUAACUCUCCCUUUUUAUUCAGUUUAAUGCCCCAGAAUGCAAUACUGUCUUUGUUCCACCAAAAUUCAAUCACCAGGGUCUAUAAUUAUGAAUCACUAUCAAAAUUCUAUACCCAUGGUUGCUCUGUGCUUUCAACUUUUAAGUACCUCGGAAAAUGUUAAUUUUAUGUCUUGCGUUUUUGCCAUUUUUCUUUCAUUUUCACUAGUUCAAAAAUAUUUGUUUAGCUUCCUCACAUGCAUGCAGAGCAGUCCUUGUUAUUUCAUGUAAACAAAGACACUCAACGCAGAGGAAAAUCACUAGUCUCUCCAGGCCCAAAUCCCAGACUAUGAAUGUGAAGGGGAUACUAACCCCAGUUUUCCAAGAGCAAAGGUUAUCAAAAAAUAGAAACAUACAAGGAUUUUUAUUCUUCAGUUCUUAAUUUCUCUAACAUUUUCACUUUCAACACAGUAUGUAGUUGCUCGUUUAGCCUCAAAGCAACAUUAACUGCCUUAGCAAGUCUAGUUAUAACUUCACCAAGUCUGACUGCAUUUUUGAAGUGUACAUUUAAAACUUUGCUAUUAAAAUGAAGGUAACUAUUCACAUUUUCUCAAGAUUAUUUGAAGCUCAGUCAUUAAUUUAAGGUCCAGAAACAGAAAUUUGGCUAUAUUACACCUAAAAUAGGUAUAAUAGGAAACCUAAAAUAAAAGACAAGCUAAAAUAAGAAACCAAGCACAUAUUCAGUAGGGAAUGACAGGAUAAACACAGAACAGAAAGGUGAUCUGUUGCUUCCUGGUUAAAUCUAGAAUAACCAUUCAAUAAGAAGUAUAUUAAUUAACCUUAAGGGGUGGGCUGAGAACAACUCUUUCAAAUAAAUGGAUGCUUUUUAUA